CUACUACUCCGUGUUAUCUUACCACCUUGCUUCCAACACUACAUUAUACUACUCCGUAGUCCGUAUACGAAUAUCGUUGAAUCGUUCUCAAUCUUGAAUAUUUAUCACCAAAAGUGUUGGGAGAUUAGGUAUGGCCUAAAGCUGGUUGGGCUGAAGUUAUAGGUCCAAGAAAUGUGGUCCAAUCCAACAUAAUCUUUAGCAAAAGAUGGGCAAUAGUCCAGUAGAUAGUUGAUGAAAAAGGAGGGAAGUUGGAAGGGGUUGAAGGUGCGUCAGCAGUGGGGGGGUGGGUUAGCAGCAGAAACAAAAAGUAGGUGGCAAGAAAAGAUAGUAAACACGUUGGAGAAAUAUCAAACACUUGGAGUAUCGGUCAGUCUAAACACCCAUUCAUACUCUCUACUUAAUUUAUGAAUCAAUGCUUAUAUUAUGCAAGUACUAAAUUAUAAGGACUGGUAAAUUUCAAGUCCUAAAUUAUCACUUUUAUAAUUUAAUUAAUGACCAAAGCAGAUAACAUGAUAAAAUUGGGAAUUGAAAAGUGAAAAAGGUGGGUGGGUGAUGGAAGUGGUGCAUUGGUACAGCGUCGUUUCAGUGGUUAUUGUAGUAACUGCAGCAUUUGGCUCCGUUUAUGUGCUGUGGAGGAGGAAGCACUACACACAACCUGAAAUUGGAAUCAAGAGGAGGUGGUUGUAUGAUGGUCUUCUACUCAAUAAUAAUCCUAGUAGUCAACAUUAUUGGACCAGCUGCUGGAGUGGAUUUCAUCCUGCUUACCUUCUUGUCUUUCGGCUGCUCUCUUUAUUUUCCCUAGCUUUCUUCUUAGCAUGGGAUAUCCAUCACUGGGGUCCUUCCAUCUUUAUCUAUUACACCGAGUGGACUUACUCUUUGACUAUGAUGUACUUUGCGAUAGGGAGUGUUAUAUCUGCUCAUGGUUGCUGGUUAUUACAUAAACAUAACAAGAAUGACAGCCCUUGCUUAGAAGAGUCUCCAGGAAGAGGAGCACUUGAUUUUGAAGAUAUUCCAACAGCAACAACAACAUUAACAUUGGAUUCGAAUCAUGGAAAACAGCACUGCUAUUACCCAUCACAAACCCCUGGAUUUUGGGGAUAUUUUAUGCAAAUUACUUACCAGAUAAGUGGAGGUGCUGUUAUUUUGACUGACAUUAUAUUUUGGUGUAUUAUUGCCCCUGCGUCUUCAAAUACACGCCUUGGCUUGACCCUGCUGAUGGGAUGCAUCCAUACUGUGAAUGUGGCCUUUUUGCUUCUCGACACUUGCAUUAAUCGCCUUACAUUUCCUUGGUUCCGGCUUGCUUAUUUUGUGCUGUGGAGCUCAGCAUAUGUCAUCUUUCAAUGGCUCAUCCACCUCUGUGGUUUCACUUGGUGGCCAUAUCCUUUUCUAAAGCUGUCAACACCUCUGGCUCCUCUCUGGUAUCUGGUCCUAGCUGUAUGUCACGUUGUUUGUUACGGGCUGUAUGCAUUAAUCGUGCGAGGGAAGGAUUUGCUCUUCUCCAAAUUAUUUCCACAUUCAUACAUUAGAUCAUAGUAUUAAUUCAGCUACCCUUCUAUUGUUCUUCAAGAGAUUUGGAGGGUUAUAUACUUAUAUGUACUCUACUUUCUACUUAUAUUCGGAAUUAAAGAUGAGAUUGAUCGAUUCUCAUAUUUAGCUACAAGUUGAAGUAUUAUUUUCAGUAUUGAACUGUAUCACUGAUUCUCUAUAUCUCAAUUAAAUGAAAUGUUUUCAGAC